AUGCGUUUCGCUGCGUUUCUGUCUUUGGGCCUUGGCGCCAAUAUCGCAAUUGCAAGUGUUUGCAGGCCUCGAAGUCGAACAUUGACCGACUCCAGCAGCGCAUCUACCGAGCCUGCAUCUGCAACCUCGACUGAACCCGUCGCUAUCUCUACUUUAAGUACAGACAUCGCGACAACGACUACAGCCUCCGUCGAAUUAUCUAUUAGUGCCACAUCUGCAGACGACGAAACAACUUCUACCGAGGCGACAGAGUCAGGAAGCGCUAGCGCCGAGCUCUCAGCUUCCACUGCUACAGAGACCACUGCAACUGAAAUCUCAACUACAACUGCCGAGACUACUGCAACUGCUGAGUCAACGACAUCUGCUGAAGCAACUACCACUCAAGACACAUUUGUGCCGAUUCCCACCUUUAAUAUCAAGGCUCUAGGCUCAGAUGUCAACGGCCAAUUGCUGCGAGGCGACCCAGUUCAAUACAACAACAUUGGCUGGUACACGCCCUCUCCCCCAAUUCUGACUUUUUCUAUUGAAGCCAGUACCAGCUAUGUACGAGAGAUAAACACCGGGAAAUACUUAUGUGUUUCUUUCGGAGGCGAUGGGUUCCCAAACUCCAAUAUGCUCUGCGACCCCGCUAACCACUACGCUGGGAUGGAACCUCUCACAUGCGAACAGACUCGUGACCGAAAGCUCAAGUGCUCUGCACCAGCUGGUGAAUGCCACUUGGAUGAGAUGUCGGAUACUACUAAUUGCUUUACCGUUCCUGGUACCUGGGACCAGUUUGAUGUGAUCCAUGGUAGAAUAAUUAACACUCCUGCUCUUGUCAUGGUAUCGAGUAUCAAUCCUCCUACAGCCAACGAUUUGGAAGCCAUCGAGCUUCAGGUCAUUCCCUAUGCGGAUUAA